CCACAGUUCCUUAGGCUCCCGCGGAGAGGGCGGAGUCGAAGGCGGAGCGCGGCGGCCAUGCAGGCGGCAGACGCAGGCGCAGGCGGUGCGGCGGGCGGCGCCGAGGGCCAGGACCGCGAGGGUGGCCACGGCCUCCACGGCGGUGCAGGCGCGGCGACCGCUGCAGCCAGGGGAGCUCCGCGUGUCACGCGAGCACAGCACGCACCAGGGCCAGGUGGAGACGCCACAUCCAUAGCCAGAAGGCCAGAAAGCCGACUACACAUAUUCGUCCUCAGGGUGCCUUUCCCGUCCCCCUUGGAGGCGGAGAUCGCCCAUGGGUCCCUGACCCCAGAUGCGGAACCCCACCGAGGGACGGUUCGGAAGGAGCUCACAGUGAUUGGCAGCGUCCUGGCGGUCCGCUGGAAAGCUGAAGAUUCUCGCCUCCUCCGAAUUUCCAUCAUCAACUUUCUUGACCAGCUUUCCCUGGUGAUGCGGACCAUGCAGUGCUUUGGGCCCCCUGUUUCCCGCUAAGCCUGGGCUGGGAAAGGGGGCUAAGGUCUAACCUCCUGUCCCUUCCUAGGCAGUGCAUCUUUCCUAGGCGGAAGAUUGCUGCAGUCGCUGCCACUUUAUUAUGGGGCCCUAAUGUUUUGCUUUUACUGGCCUUUGGGCACUCAGGGUCCACUUGUUUCGUUUGGUGAUUCAGUGUUCAUUACAGCAGAAAAUAAAACUGAGCAGCUAUUC